AUGCCAGCAGAAGCAGACUGGGGGCAGAGAGAGUGGUUCCAAGCCGCAGAGAAGCGACUCUUCCUCUACAGAGUAGACGUCCUGGGACCGUACUCGCAUCCAGUUGUGAAGAUGCCGGACAUCUUGACAGAAGAGGAGGAGAGUCUCGUUUCCGAGACCUUGCAGCACCUGCGGCGGACGAAGAGAACACUUCAGCCGGUGGAAGGCCGCGCGGCCGCUCGUGGAGAUGUUCUUUCCGUUGACAUGCAGGGCUACGAGAUGAAGGAGGAUGGUUCUCGGGGCAAGGAGUUGGACGUCGGAUCAGCGAAGGGCCUGGAGCUGGAGCUGGGAGCGAGCACCUUCUCUGCCGAGGUGGAGCGGAGUCUCGAUGGCAUUGCUAUGGGGGAAACGCGCGACGUGCAGGUCCUGCAAAUUCCAGAUGCUAUGCUCUUGUUCCAACAUGUCAAGUACAUACUCGGGCACGAGCAGCUGCUUCCGGAGCUGAAUGACGAGUUUGCCAAGGAAAUCAAGCGUGAAGAGCAGUUCAAGCAGGCUGGCACCAUGGAGGGCAUCCCCGAAGAGGAAGAAGGCGUUGCGGAGAACUUCUCGCUUGCCGAUCUGCGGGCAGAGAUUGGGCGAGAGGUCCGACAGGUUGCCCAGACGCAGUCGAACGACGUUGUCGACACGCAGCUGCGGGCACACCUGCGCCAAACACUGCAGGUCACGUGCCACUGGGCAGACUUGGGGUCUGAGGAAGCCACUAUAGAGGAGGAGCUCGCAAUUGCAGCUCGCUUCCUCGCUGAGAAGGAGGCCCGUACUUCGAAGACCCCCAGUUGGAGCGUGAACCUCGUCGAGAGCGGAGCUGUCGAGGGGCUCAUGCAGAAGAUCGACAUGGAUGAUGUGGAGCGGAAAACGUGGAGCAAGCAGUUGGGAGAGCCUGACGAGGGAGAGACCCUCAAGCAAGUUGGCAAAGAUCCAGCACGAGAAUACCAGGAGAUGCCGGAAGCCGUGCCUUUCUGUUGGCACAGCUUUGAAGUUACUCUUAUCGACGAGGCCCAGGCUCGCUUGAACGAGCUUUCAUGUCUUUGCAAGGACGCCAACCGAGAGAUUCUCCGUGCCCGUAUUCAGGAUGAGGCCUUGGAGCGGCAGUGGAUCUUAUCUUUGGCAGGGUCCUCAAUCGGUGCUGAGGUUCUGUCCUGGCUCCGGUACCAGAUGGAGGUCGUUGAAGCUGGAGAAAGUUAG